UGGAAUACCGUUAUCGCCGAUCCUGUAUUCGUCCAAAAUCAUAUCCGACAAUCCAAACAUUCAAACUCCGACAACCUUUUUAUAUGUUAUGAUCAUAUGAUUUUUUCUUGCAGCACUUAUCCUUUUCGAGUGAUUAAAUUGGGAGAUAAAAAAAUCCAAACUUUACAAGAAAUAGAAUCCCCGUAUGAGUAUGGCAGGUGGCAUGCGUUAUGCUUUUUAGAUGGCGUCAUACUCUUAACCGACGGCACAUACGAGAGAUUCGCGUUGUGGAAUCCAUCCACUCGAACGUCGGAAAAGCUUCGGCACAGGUAUAGCUGUCCGUACGCAGCUUUCGGGCUUUGUCGCGAUCCAGCCACCGACGAUUUUAAGGUUGUUAUUGCUGAUUCAGACCACUACUCGGUUUAUUCUUGUAAGAAAAAAUCAUGGAUCAUGUUGAAAAAAGAAUACGAAAUUAAAUACACCUAUUUAGGUGUAGACAUCGGUUAUAAUAACAACGGAGUCUGUGUUGACGGGGCUAGCUAUUGGGUUUUGAGUUCCGCGCAGAUAGUGUACUUUGAUCCGAGAGACGACAAGUUCGAGUUUCUGCAAAAGCCGGAAAACGUCGUCGACGACAAUAGACGGUUUUACGUGAUCGAAAUGAGGGGACACUUGUGCAUGUACUACAACGGUAUAGACGACGAGUCAACGGUUCAGAUUUGGACAAAGGAAAAGGGCAUUGACGGUAAUUCUUGGAACAAGUUGAUGACGGUUGAGAAUGUCGGGAUGUCGAUUUGGGAGUUUGAGCUGAUAUGUUUCGUCGGAAAUAAGAUUGUGAUUCGAAAUAGAGCUUUUGAUAUAUUACUAGUUUACAACCCUUGUGAGAAGAGGUUUGAAGGAUUUGAAGAGAACACUGCUGAGGUUUUAGGCUCUGCAUCGGUUCCGAUUCCGUAUAUAGAUAGCAUUUUCUUCCCCACUGAGGAUCCGAGACCUAAGACGAAGAGGAAGCGGAAGUGUUUACAAUAAGUUGAUAAAUAAUGUUUUGGUUGUAAUUUUUUUACUUGUUAUUCAUGAUCGUUUUGCUUGUUGAUCUAUGUUGCUUAAUCCGGUCGAUCGUAACACGUGGAUUAAUAAUAGCCUUUUAAAGAUGUGG